AUGUCUGGUAACGAGAGCCACAAUGGCGAGGGUCUCCAAUCAAUCCUGCAUCUCGGCAACAAGCGUAUCCUCUCUCUUCCAAAUACCCAGCUCGCCGAAGACACAAUGGGUGCGUUCAGCGCGUUCGUUACCCGCCGGAUGGAUCCCGAGGCCGCAGAGAAUAGCGGCCUGCGGAGAUGGCGCAGACGUGCCAAUACGGUCGCAGGAGGUAAGUUCCUUCCGUGUGGGAAGACUUGGAAGGGCAGUGAUGCUGACAUGGCGUCGCGCAAAGGUCAGGACGGCCACGAUGUCAAGGAAACCUGGGUCAAGCGCGCGGCGAAGGGUCUCUGGGGACGUGUCCACAACCGUGACGGUCGAUCAAAGGAUGCGGAGGCGACUGGGAGUGCGUUGAGGCUCGAGUCGGACAACAACCUUUCUACGAGAGUGAGAGCACAGCUGCUGAUCUCUGCCCCUGUGGCUUCACCGAUACCUGCACAGUACACGCAGGAAGAACAGCGUCCUGAGACCGAAUCGUUCUCUCCUAUAGCCGGCAUGGUCUCCUCCCCAACAACCAUUAUCACCACCCACUUCGGAAGCCCACUGACACGAGUUCCUCACCAUACAUAUACGCGAAGUCUCACACCUGACCUGAUCCCGGCUUCCGCAAGCCCCCGGAUCUCGGAGGUCUCUACCGCCAUCGAGUCGCACUCGGGUCCCGAUUUAUCUGUUGAUCCAUAUAGCGAGCUCAUCAACAGCAUCGAACGAUUUCAAUUCGCUCUACUUGUGGACUCCAACACCAUUAACAACAUAUGCGGCGACAUACGAGAUGUGCUUGAGAUAGCUAGCAAUAACUUGCUCACUGUCGGAUGCGACCUACAAAGGCUGCUUGUCAUCUGGCGUAAGAUCACCAACAACGCAGCGAACGUUGCUGCACUUGAGGUGCUAGACCCGUGUGCCCUUUUAAGCAAGAAGCACGUCGCGAAAGCUUGCGUAGACAUGAAGAAAGGACUUCAGUCCUAUCGCGACUGGGUGGACAUCGCGGCUCGCAACAAGAGGAUAGCCCAAUCUCUGAACGCGGUCAGUCAUGAGUGGUGCGCAGCCUUGAACGACAAGAUGGAAGCGCUGGAUGUGCUCGAAGCGCUGGACUUUGACGAUGUUGCUGCUCAGGUGGAGCUUGUCAUGGGGAAGUGCUUUGAUGCUGGGCAGGAAGUCGCGACUCCAGGUGGACCAACUGCACCUGCCAUUAUGCCAGUCGCCUACACCUACGCCAUCACCCUCACCAGCCUCGGUGCAAUACGGGAGCCAGCCAACUCCGGCCGUUGGAAGCGCCUCCGGUCAUGUUCAGCCUGCAACAGCCAGCUUGAGGUCGACUGUGUCUACCACAAAUGCGCCCAGCUAUGCCCGGCCGACGAAAGCAAGCCUGGGAUGGUGCCAAGCGACAGCCAGCAACAGCAAGACUGCAUCCGGAGUCGCGUCAGCAUCUCAGUCGCACCGUCCGGUUUCCGCAACCCACGGUCUCCGGGCGACUCGGAUACAAAUCCAGGGAACCCCAAACGACGAGCACAGGGGCCCCUCACCUGA